AUAUAGAAUUGCACUAACAGUCAGCGCCUUAAUAAACAGAAAUAAUCAAGGAAAAUGAAUCAACACAAACCCGAAAACGCUGCGUUUACAUACGCUGUAAAGUCGUCGACAUGAGAUGGGGAGGAACUACGUGUCAUAGCUCUGCUGUUCUUGAUCUCUGGCGAAGCCAUUCUUUACUCAGGGUAGGAGGGACAGAGCAGGAAGAAUCAAGAACCAAGAGAGCGAACGAAGGGAGUGUGAGCUAGAAGUGAGAGAGGUGAGCAUUGAAUAGAUACUUAUCUACUCAGUCCAUCGCAAUGAAAAACAUAUAUCAUAUAAGUUUAGCGCAGUGAAGUGAAUGUAUUCAUAAGGAAAGACUUGGAUAUUAUCCGUCAUGAUUCGGGUACUUGGCAGGAGAUUUGGCGAGUGCGCACUUACAGUGUCGGGAUACGAGAACGGGGAAAGUCGAUGUCUCGAGUUUGGGCUGCCUUCUUCUUCCUAAUGCAACAUUUAGGCUUUUGAAGAGGGCGCGGAGCAAAAGCCGUAGGGUGAGAAACUGAGACAGCCACCGCGGCAGAGUGAGAAGUGCGGACAGAGCACUCCCCGGACGGAGUCAGUAUGCUGUCCGAUAAAACAGCGGCUGGAGCGGAGAUGGGAACUGUUUCGUUGAAACUGUACUGCGCUGUUAUGAUGGAUCACUGCAUCCUACCUAAUUCCAUGCUUGUAUGAAGGACAAACGGGAAAGGGGGAACGUGUCUGUUUGCGGGAUAUACCAUGGAUGCGGAUAUCAUCACUUUUACUAAGCGCCCUGGAUCCAAAUGUCACAUCCCCGGGACCCUGCCCCUGCCGGGGCCCAUCCGAGUGUGACCACUGGGCCGGAGGAUCGCGGCGUGGUGCCAUACUGCACCCCUCAAAAUUGGCCUCUGAAGCGGGCCCGGGCAUAAUGUGAUGCACCCCGCCACAAGGGCCUGAUAUCCGAGCGUGGAUGGAGUCAGCCGGUGGGCCAUUGCCCUCUAAUGAGACCGCCGCUCUCGAGCUGAGGACCAGCCAUUAUAAGAGGAUUAUAGCCCCAGUCUCCCUGUUCUAACCCCUUGAACUGCACACAUUAGCAUAAUCUAACAGAGGACUGCUUCUUCUCUGGAAUACUUUAUUGCCUUUCACUAUCCGUCUUUCACUUCUUCAGUAUUUUUUCUUCUGUGGUUUCUUCAUCAUUUGUUAUUUGCUGGCCUUGGUGUGGGUGGUUUUUUUUUUUUUGUCAUUAUGGAGUUUCAGGUUGGAACGUGGAAUAAGGAUUCGCCUUCGUUUCUUAGCUUUUGGUUGACCGUGUUGUUGAGCCUACAUGUGCAGCUUUACCCCGUGGCCUCAUGUCCGGUGGAGUGCCGCUGCGACAAAACAUUUGUUUACUGCAACGAGAGGAGUCUGACCUCCGUGCCCUUGGGGGUUCAGGAGGGCUACAAGACUCUCUACCUCCACAACAACCAGAUCAACAAUGCCGGCUUUCCCCUGGAGCUGCACAACGUGGCUUCGGUGGAGACGGUCGUCCUGUACGGCAAUCAGCUGGACGAGUUCCCCGUGAACCUGCCCCGGAACAUGCAAGUGCUCCACCUGCAGGAGAACAACAUCCAGACCAUAUCCCGGGCGGCGCUGGCACAGCUGCUCUUCCUGGAGGAGCUGCACCUGGACGACAACUCCAUCUCCACCGUGGGCGUGGAGGAGGGGGCCUUCCGGGAGGCCGUCAGCCUGAAGAUGCUGUUCCUCACCAAGAACCACCUUAGCAGCGUGCCCAUUGGGUUGCCGGUGGAGAUGAAGGAGCUGCGGCUAGACGAGAACCGCAUCGCAGACAUCCCAGAGGAGGCCUUCCAGAACGUCACAUUACUGCAGCGGCUGCUCCUCGACGGGAACCUGCUGACGGACGAGGGCAUCGCAGUGGGAACCUUCCAGGAGCUGGUGAACCUCCGGGAGCUGUCGUUGGCGCGGAACUCUCUCACCAUGCCCCCUCCCAUGCUCCCGGGGGUCUCAUUGGUCAAGCUGAACCUCCAGGAGAACCAGAUGACCAGCAUCCCUGUGACAGCCUUUGCCGGGCUGCACCGGCUGGAGCGACUGGACAUCUCCAACAACCAGCUGCAGUCCCUCCCGCAGGGGGUCUUUGACAGCCUGGUGAGCCUGCGACAGCUCAGCGUCCGGGGUAAUAGCUGGCACUGCGACUGCUCCAUUAAAUGGGUGAUUGCGUGGCUCAAGUCCCUACCGGCCUCAAUCAACGUGCGGGGGUUCACGUGUCAAAGCCCAGAGACUGUGCGCGGCAUGGUGAUCAGAGAACUCACGCUGGAUGCCAUCCAAUGCCCAGCUGGCACAGAGCUCGAGCCGUGGCCCACUCAACCGCCCCCGCCCCCAUUUCAGCCUGGCAGCACCACCAGCCCUCCCGUCCCCAGGACCACAACCUCCAUCUCUCCCACCUCCACCAUGUUUUACCCCCCAACUCCCAACCUCACCCCCCCAGUACCUCCCAUCCCAGCCGGCCCUCGUCCUCCAUAUGAGGACUCCCUCAAGAUCUCCUUUCACAUAGUCAACUCCUCCUGCAUAGAGGUGACUUGGGCCUCCUACUUCACGGUCACGGCGUACAAGGUCACGUGGGUGAAGAUGGGCCAGGCACUGAUGAGCGACGUUACUAGGGAGAUCACAGUCCCUGGGGACAGACGCAAGCUCACCCUCUCCAAACUCGAGCCGCGAUCCACCUACCGCAUUUGUGUGUACGUCCUGGACACCCUCAACAUCUACCGCCCGGGGGAGGAUACUAUCUGCUCGGAGGCCAAGACGAAGUCCGUUAGUAAGGUUGCGGAGACGGAGCCCGCUGCACAGCAGGACAGCAGCUCCACUCUCCUGCUGGCGGGCGUGAUCGGCGGAGCCGUCCUCGUUGUCCUGGUGACGCUGCUGAGCCUGUUCUGCUGGCACAUGCACAAGAAAAGCCGGGCGGAGUCGUCUAAGUGGAAAUACAACCGCGGCCGGAGAAAAGACGACUACUGCGAGGCAGGGACCAAAAAGGAUAAUUCCAUCCUGGAGAUGACUGAAACCAGCUUUCAGAUAGUGUCCUUGAACAAUGAACAGCUUUUAAAGGGGGACUUCCGAAUCCAGCCCAUCUACACACCUAACGGGGGCAUCGGCUUCCGAGAUUGCCACCUGAGUAACAACAGCAUAGCGUACUGCAAGAGCAGCAAUGUCCCAAGCAUGGACUUUUGCCACACGUGAUGCUUAUCAGUUGGGAUGCUACAACUGUUUGUUGAAAAAGAAGUGUAGUAAGAUAUACUGUACAAUAUAUAUUUCCAUGUUCAGUCUACAAUGUAAUUUAUACUGUGGACAAUUAUGUGGAAUUCUGCUAUCUUUUUUAUUCUUAGUAAAAAAUGAAACUCCAAACAAUUUUCUAAUUAGAGGGGAUGGAGAUUGUUUUGGCUCAAGGACUGUACAGAUGAAUUUGUACUAUCGUGGUGUGCUGGCUUCUCAAUACAAAAUCCUGUCGGGUUUGUCUCUCCUUGGGCGUUAAGAGGGCUGGGAUACUUUGCUAACCACAGAAGCAGAAAUAUGCCCUCUGUGCUGAAAUACAGCAACCCAUUCACAGAACGGUAGUUAAGUUAACACAGUGGUCACGAAACCCAAACAACCCUGAUUAGCCUACCGUGGAAAAUAAGACCUGGUGUUUUUUUUCUUCUCCUUAAAAGAAUUGAAAAGUGCACUUUGCUAGAGUGUCAGCUGAGUGUGUAUCUGCGCAUAGGUGUGCGUGCGUGUGUGUGUGUGCAUGUGGUUGUUUAGGAAAUGAGCUUUUAUGGACGUUACACCCGAGAGGGUGUGUCAGGGCAUGCUUUCCCAGCGGCCCAUAUGUCUCACUGGGGCCAAGCAAACAAUGCUGAAUGCGGUAGGGAAAAUGCCAGAGGUGUUUGUUACCUUGGCCUCGUGUUUAUUCAGCCAUGUGUUUUUUUUGUGUUUGAACAUGAACCACUAGGGGGCAGCACGCCUCAGCCCAUACAGAGGACAGCCAAGGAGGCAGAUAGUUUCCAAUCCCCCCUUCUCCUGUCGCAAGGGAACCCGUUGCUCCCUGCCAUCCUCUUUCAUACUCAUAUUUAUACUCUUCACAUGUUACUAGUUCUCAUCAAGAGUAUUUACACACUGCUUAGGGCUAAUUCAAGGUGUGAAAUCAUUUCAAACUAAUAAUGCACUGUACAUGUUAGUUCAGUGCUGAACAAAAGGAUUUCUGCUACUAUAUCUCGAAGGCUGGUGUGGUUGCCCAUAAAAAAAUCAAACAUCUGACAGAAUACAACAACACAUUUUGUGGAUUUCCCAGCUUUUGUGCUCCUCUCAUUAACAUGAUUAUUUUUUAAGGGGAUUAAGUGUUCAGGCCAUUGUGAUGUGGAGCUUUCUUUUAUCUUCUUUCUUCCUUUUUGUUUUUGCAGGUAUGCCGUGCCGUAUGCAACGUCUUUGAGUUUGUCUCUGAUUCAUAUUUAUUAAGACAGCUUUUUUAAUGACACAUCAGAUCAGAUUGACAAGUGAAAUGUAGACUGACUACAAAUGUUGCCCUACAAUAGAAGCCCUGGCACAUGAUGGAGCUAGCUCAUUUGAAAGUGUUUCAGAUCCCCGCACGAGGGCAAUUAAAAUGGAGGCUGUUCAUAGUUAGAAGUGCACACUGACAUAGAAAAACCUUAUUACACACUGUUAUUCACAGCCUUUAUUUGCUUUGACAAGACUUUUUUUCACAGGACCUAGUUCAAAGACCUUCCUCCCA